AUGUCGUCGCAUCAUGAUGACGAGAAUGUUCACUACUCAGAGAAGGUAGGCACUGCCGAGCAGCAGAAGCAUGCUACCAGGACUUACACUUACAAGAGCUGUCGCCGAGGUGGUAAGGAUGAUGAAAGCUCUCGGAAAUCUGAAAGCAAAAUUCGCAUUCAAGUUCGAAAUGUCUCCUGGAGCCCAAUAAGAGCGUCUUUAGUUAGGGAGUUAAUCGGGAAAAUUUAUGAUAAAGACGAAGCACGGUCGAGAUUCGGUCAUAAUAAUGCGAGCCAUACCAUCAAGUGGACAGUGGAUCAGAGAAAUCAUGUAGCACAACUCUAUACAUACGAUGUUUACGCAGAAGGGCCACCUGGAGAUUUCAAACACCCCCAAGGAAUAUGGAUGCAAUAUAACACUUUGCUCGGCUCUGGCUAUGUCUUGAACACAACAGAUAAUCCAAAUGCUCGAGAAGACAUUUUGAAUAAGGCGAGAGAGCAUUUCGUACACAGAAGGCCUCAUCCCAAGACUAUAGAAGGAGACUGGACAUAUGUUGAAGAAGAAAACGGAGAGAAAUACAAGCUUUAUGAACGUAAAGAUGAGGAACGUAAACAUGAUGAACGUGUAAACCCCCAUCAUUGGACUACAGCUAGAGCUGAAGUUGAUCUGCCUUGGCUUGCUAGCGCUAGAACCGAGAUAAUCAAGAGAAGUGUUACUUCACCAUAUCAAUUCGGAGAACACAAACUGCAAGUCCUCAACGAUUGCGAGGUAGAAUUGGAUGUGGCGACCUUGGAGAAAUCAUUGGUCGACUAUUUCUCAAUUGACCCUCAUGCAAAAAAGUGGGCCUAUUUGCGAAUAACAGAAGAGAGGAAUAGAAAUGGAAGAAACAACUUUUCCAUUUCAAGAUAUCAUCCAAAGGAUCAGAAAAAGCCGUACCACACGUCGAGCAACAAGAAAGUUUGGAUUACCAACAAUACCACUGGCCAAAGCUACCAAACGGUACAUAGGCGACUCGAUACAACCAGCAGAUUCAGGGCAACUGUACAUAACGAAAGUCACUGGAAACUUGAUUGGAAUGAGAAGGGUCGGCUUGUCCUUAAGGAAAUCAGUAAUGGCAAGUCAAAGGGAGAUGAACCUUCCCGAUCCCGCUCCAACUACGAGGGAGAGGAGAGUGUUUAUCAAUCUAGCAACGAAUAUCAAAGGGGUACAAGGCCCGAGUCUCACUCUACUUAUAGACGUUCUCCUAGUAUCAGCAGUCGUGGCGGCAGUAAUCAGGAAAGAGCCACCGAUGACCGGCACAGGGAAUAUCGACCUCGUAGUAACAAAAGCUUCGCACUCUCCGAAUACGAGCGAGAUACUAGAAAUUUCCCAGGCUUCCUCCCCCGUCGCAAAAAAUACAGAGUUGCUACCUUGGACUCGAGCUCCGGCGUUGAAUUAGAUGUCUCGGGACGAGCUACCUCCUUUUACCAACCUUCUUUAACAGCCGGUAGUGGGAGUUCAAUCUCAAGUAUACAUACACAUUCACGUGCACCGACACAAGCAGAAGAGCCGAAAGAAAGAGACCGAAAAUCCUCAAGAUUUAACAAGGUAAGGGAAGCUUUCAGCUCAGAGUACAGACAGGAGAGACCACGCAAGGGGAACCACAAGAGUCGCGAAAGGUUGGAAGAGAAACAGAUAAAAAUACAGGAGCGGGAAGAGAAGAAGCGGAAAGAUAAAAGAGAGAAGAAGGAGGAGCGGGAAAAGGCAAAGCGGGAAAAGGAACGGGGGAAGGAAAGCAGGCAGAGGAAUAAUAGUGCAGAUUCUCCGGAUUGGGAAUGGAAUUAUGGACAUAGAGAGAGGGCUAGGGAACCCUCGGCUCGUAGGAAGGUGAAGCUUGAGGUCACUUUCCAAAAAGUGGAUGGAAGAAGUAGGAGGAGUAAUGGGUGGGUAUUUUGA